AUGCGGCCAAACGGCCAGCCUUUCGUCUGGGCAACGGAGCUCCCGCACACGUGCCUGCGGAAGUCCGGUGAAUCCUAUGGGGCUCAGCCCCCCGAAACCGAGAAGGGUGGGCGUGUUUGCCAACAGUUGUCAACCUCUCCUGCCUUGGACCUGGAGGCCCUCUUCUUGAUGUCAGCGGGGGCUCACGUCCAUCCAAGUCCCUUGAGUCGACCAACCCGCCCGGGGCGAACGAGCCCCCCCUUCUUUCCCGAAGGGGAGGCCGGCCUUCCGCGCCGCCUGGGGCCGAUGGGGCAGCCCAACCCGGGCCGCGAAGCCGGCGCCGGAGGAAUGGGCCGAGGGACCCCGCAGGACCCUCCGGCGCUGGCGGGAGCCGCGGCCCAGCCUCAAGGGGGGACGCGCCGUCGGCUGCGGUUGGGCUGGCCGCGUCGGACGGCGGCUCCGGCACGCGGUCAGCACUCCAGCACGGACAGCUCCCUCCGGCCGCCCCGCCGCCGCUCCUGCGGUCCGAGGCGCCCGCCCUCCGACGUGAAGCUCGCAGCCGGGGGGGGGGGGGGACGGGGGGGGGCCUCUGGUCUGGAGCACGGGGGGCGGAGGCGGAUCUGGCGCCCCGGGUUGGUUUCCCCGCUCCCGCACCCAGCAGGGGGACCUCGGGCUAGCCGCAGCUCUCUCAGCCCCACCUGCCCCGCAGGGCGGCUGCUGCGGGGAAGGGAAGAAGCUUGGAAGCCGCGUCGCUUCUUCCUUACGCGGUCGAGAAAGUGGGCCUCGCCAAAGGGCCUCUUCUCCUGGCCGCCCCCUCGCCCCCUGCCGCGCUCCUGGGAGCCUCUCCGGACUCCUCCUCGCGGAGGCGGACCUCGCCGCGGGUAUAAAGGCGGGCAGGCGGCCCAGCUCCGGCGGCGGGCUCCCUGCUGCCCAAGCCAGGCGGCCGGCCUCCCGCCCCGUCCCGUCCCGUCGGGCAGAGCCGAGCCGAGGCGUCGGCGGGGGUCCAUGGCGCCGAGCGGGGCGGGGGGCAACGGGACGGCGGGGGCGCGGGGCGCGGGGCCGGGCGCGCUGCUGGCGGUGCGCUGCGCGGUGCCGGCGCUGUACGGGCUGCUGCUGGUGGCCGGCUUGCUGGGCAACGGCACCCUGCUGCGGGUCUUCCUGGGGCGCGGCGGCCGGCGCAGCGCCCCGCACCUCUUCCUCUCCAGCCUGGCGGCCGGCGACCUGCUGCUGCUGCUCACCUGCGUGCCGGUGGACGCCGCCCGCUUCUUCCUGCGCGGCUGGCUCUUCGGCGCCCUGGGCUGCAAGCUCCUGCCCGCCAUCCAGCUCACCUCGGUGGGCGUCUCGGUCUUCACCCUCACCGCCCUCAGCGCCGACAGGUACAAGGCAAUUGUAAAUCCAAUGGAUAUUCAAGCACCCAAUGCAGUUAUGUGGACCUGUAUAAAAGCUAUAGCCAUCUGGAUAAUCUCCAUCCUGUUAGCAGUUCCUGAAGCUGUAUUCUCUGAAGUGACCCAUAUCAACGAUGCAGAUAAUGUCAGUUUCACAGAAUGUGUACGAUAUCCUCCAAAGGAUGACUUGCACCCAAGGAUUCAUUCGGUGAUGAUUCUCUUGGUAUAUCUCCUUAUCCCUCUCACUAUUAUUAGUGUUUACUACUAUCAUAUUGCCAGGAGUUUAAUUAAGAGUGCACAUAACCUACCUGGAGAACACAGUGAACAUUCUAAAAAACAGAUGGAAACACGAAAGCGCCUGGCCAAAAUUGUCCUCGUCUUUGUAGUACUGUUUGCUGUAUGCUGGUUGCCCACCCAUGUGCUGUACAUGUAUCGGUCCUUUAACUACAGUAAGAUUGAUCCAUCACUUGGCCAUAUGGUCAUUACUUUGGUAGCCCGGGUACUCAGCUUCAGCAAUUCUUGUGUCAAUCCGUUUGCACUCUAUUUCCUCAGUGAAAGCUUCCGGAGGCAUUUCAACAGCCAGCUUUGCUGUAGCAUAAUGCCUUAUAAACAGAGGUCUACCACUUACCAAAAUGGCUCUUCAGCCAUUCGAAUGACUUCUCUGGAAAGCCACGGCAGGAACACUGUCACCAUGACCCCUCUGCCUAAUGGGCAUCACCCCAAACAAGAAAUAUCUCUGUGA